GCCAGAUCUUUUCCUAGUAAUCAUUGCAACACCACGCCACUCUUUUGACGUAUACGCAAUCCACCAUGGCUUCCGCAACAGUUGCAGAUAUCCAGGGACCAUCUCAUCCCAAUCCAGAAGGCCUCAACACAUCGGCCAGCACGCAAUUUCCCCCUAUCAACAUUGGCACGCGCAACUCGGUACUCGCCCAAAUUCAAGCCCGCGCGGUCGAGAGAAGCUUGAAAGAUGCCUACCCGGACCGGACCUUCAACAUCUGCCCUGUUGUGGUGCAGGGUGAUAGGGACAAGAUCACACCCCUGCAGCAAUUGAGCCAGGGCGAGAACGCGAAGAGUCUGUGGACAGGUGAACUGGAGAGCAUGCUGGAGUCUGGCGAUCUGGACAUCAUCGUACACUGUUUGAAGGAUAUGCCAACGCAGCUGCCAGAUCACCUCGAGAUCGGCGCCAUCCUCGAACGCGAAGAUCCCCGCGAUGCCCUCUUGAUCUCCCCUCGUCUGCCGAAGGAGACUACACUAGCGACCCUCCCUCAAGGUGCUACCAUUGGUACGUCAUCUGUACGACGAGCCGCUACGUUAAGAAAACUAUACCCACACUUGAAGUUUGCCGAUCUCAGAGGCAAUGUCGGAACGAGGCUGGCAAAGCUGGAUGCCGAAGAUUCGCCAUACUCGGCCAUCAUUCUUGCUGCAGCCGGCUUGAAGAGGAUGGGGCUCGAUAAUAGAAUCACACAAUAUCUGAGUAGCACGAGCGGAGGUAUGUUGCAUGCGGUUGGUCAGGGUGCUCUGGGCAUUGAGAUCAGGAAAAACGACAAGGCCAUGAAGGACAUCAUGAGCGGCAUCCGAUGCGAGCGGACAACAAGAGCCUGUUCGGCCGAACGAGCGCUACUACGCACCUUGGAAGGAGGCUGCAGCGUGCCUAUCGGUGUUGAGACAUCAUGGAGAGGCGGCAAGGGCCUCGCAAUCGGUACCCAACCAGCAAAAGACUACGACAAACACGGAAAUGCAGUAGAAGAGGAAGAGCCAGAUAUCGACGACCAAGAACUGGUGUUGAGUGCCAUGGUAGUCAGUGUAGAUGGCAAAGAAUUUGUUGAGUACCAGGCAGCACGAAAAGUUCGAACAGCAGAAGAAGCAGAAGAGAUGGGACAAGAGGUUGCGAAGGUCUUGAUCGAAAAGGGCGCAGACAAGAUACUGGAAAAGAUCAACGUGGAGAAGCAGUGGGCAGCUAAGAAGCAGCUGGAGGAGCUCAAGGCCAAGGCGGCCAGCUCAUAGGUCGAUCACCGGAGUAAGUGAUUACCUACAAGUCGGUGAAGCACAUGACACUAGAUUCAUAAACAAGACACUUUGAGCUCUCUUGCUUCAUCCGGCUAACCAGCCUCUGCCACGUCCCAUUCAGACACACGCAACCGCCUUGUCUAUUUGCAGAAGAGUAUAACAGACAUACUUGUCAAUGUCAACACUUGCAGACGUGAAUGAGCGAGCUCACAGUACGAGGAGUUCAUCAGUCUAAGACGGGAAUUCGAUUGGCUAAGUCGUGAAUGUAUAAACCAUGCCUACAAAACGGUUUCUCAGUAAGGAAGUAUAUUAAUCCUCAUACCUACUCUCAAGUCCCAAAGCACAUAUCUGCAAGCGCUGCAGGAACAUAGCACCAAAAGCAUCAAUAUAUCUCAAAGCAACAAGCUCAAAUCGUGAUACUCGAAGUCAUACGUUCAGCUCUACAGCCCUACUCAG